UUUGGAGCCACAGAGUAUAUAUGUGGCUCUUGAUGCUUCUUCAAACAAAAGGUUCUCAAACUUACACCAAACCCACAAAAUCAUCCCUUCAAAAUAAACACAAACAAACCCCAGUAAAGUAACCAAUUCCCAUCACAAAUCCCACAAAACCCCCCCUCCCCUCUGAAGAUUAUUCAUUUUUAUGGCAACAUCAUCAGUUACUGCCACAGGGUUUUCUUCUUCCUUCCAUGGAAGUUGGGGGACUUCCAUAGCCGGUGAAGAUUAUUCGACCCUGGUGGCAAAGACUAAACCCACUAGGGUUCGAGUUGGGAAGCCGUUAAGAUCUGGACCGAUGAUGGGAAACGUCAAUGAAGGAAAAGGGCUUUUCGCUCCGGUAGUUGUCGUCACUCGUAACAUCGUUGGAAAGAAGCGAUUCAACCAGCUUAGAGGAAAAGCAAUUGCUUUACACUCACAGGUAAUCACAGAGUUCUGCAAAUCAAUAGGGGCGGAUUCAAAACAACGGCAAGGGCUGAUUCGUUUGGCAAAGAAGAACGGAGAAAGACUCGGAUUCCUAGCUUAGAAGUGCAGUUUGAAGAUCAAAGAUUCCAAGUUCCAGGAGAAAGUUGAAUUUUACAUCCAUAGUAUGUAUUAAGAAUUUCCAGAUGUAAAUACUUUCCUCAUCUGGUUCCAAUCAAACAUAUAAAUCAAAUUCAUGUAUCCCCCAUCAUAUUCACUUCAUAUAUUGUAGCUUUAACAUCA